UGUAACUCAAACGGGACAAUGAAAGAAUGGCGUCACGGGAAAUAUGGAAUUGGCAAGUCCCGCCCCCGAGGCUUUGUCAAUGAAUAGCCGUAUAUUUCAAAAGCGAAGAAAGUGAAAUGUCAUUGGGCUUGAAGUCUGGCCAACUGUUGGAUACACUUUUUGGUUGCUGUGUUCAAGACGACAAUGCUAUGUCGGAUUUUCAAGAAUCUUAGUCAGGUUACAUUCGCAAAUAUCGUCGCAGUUGUCAACAGUGAAUCCAAGUUGACUUAUACUGCGAUGGGUAUUCACUCUUUUGAAACCAUGGGAGAUUCUCUUUCUGGGGAUACUGUUUCCAAAGGAGAGAGCAAUGGAGCAUUGUUUCACAGUGGAACUGAUAUUGAACAUAGAGGAACUAGAAACCGUCACCUUCAAAAAGAGAACUAUUUUAGUUCCAACACACCGCCUGCUCCGCCUAACACGGCUGCAUCUCCUAACACGGCCAAGUCACUUAUGAGCGAAAGAUCAAAAUAUGCUAUCACACCUCGAUCGUUCAAGCAUAGUCCAAAUGGAUUUUUUAAUGAAAACAACUGUUUAAAUGUGAAUGUAGAAUUAGCUAAUAUGGUAAACGUUCGUACUAGCCAAACCAUUGCGAUUGAUUAUAAGCCUGUUAAUGUGAGGUCAUCAGAAACUAUUUCUGAAGAGCGCCUUACACUGCUGACCAGAACACAGCGAACACCGGCCUUGAAGAUUAAUAAUGAUCAACGAUUCAAGCCUAACGGAGAACAUAUUACAUCUUACGCUCUUUGUGGGACAGGAUUAAAUAAUUCUGUGAAAAAAGAUCAUUUGACUGCAACUCGUGUUAGAACUAUAAUUAAUGUUAGUCAAAACUUCACGGAAUCUAACGAACGGAAUCAAUCCUCUUAUAUUUCAUCGAGGUCGCGAGGCGAAGACCAUCAACCACAGGUUGCAACUAAAAUUCAUACUAGCCCAACAGAAAUAGAACAGUUUAAAAAUCAAACUGAAGUGUCGCAAUGUGAUGCAAUUUAUAUAUGUGAUCCUAUUACAUCAUACAUUCUAUAUGGUGCCUCACCGAUACUCCUUGUAGCACAGAACAAAGAUUCACAGAGACGAUGUGGUUUUGAAAUACCGGUAACAAAAGAAACAGCUAGAGGGAUACCAGCAUUUGAUUAUAGAAGAGCAGAAUAUCCAUUUUCUUCCUAUGUUAACUUGGGGACCACUAAACCUUUAGUCCUCAACCGUGAAACGAAACAAAUCAAUAACUUUGACCCGACAGAGGGUUUGAGGAUUGUAAGACUUAACACGGAAUGUGCAACCAUUUCUGAAGCACACACCACAAAUACCAAUGGUCAGCUUAAACUCCGGAAUAAAUCUUUUAAUAACCUUCAGAAUAACACGAGGACAUGGACACAAGAAAAUAUUAUUUCCAAUAUAACCAUGGGGGAAAAUGAACAGAAUUUUUGUUUACCGGGAUAUUUAGAUGUUCGCCAGCUAACCCCAUCGCCGUCGCAGUUAGAUCGAAAUCUCCUUCCAGUGAAAAAAUCAAUCAAAUCAAUUCUUGGUUCUCGAAGAUACAGAAGUUUAAAUUUACGUGAUAAAUUUAGGUCACCUUCGUCAGGGUUAAGUGAUAAUACAUCUGAAAAGCUCACAACAUCAAAUGAAGAGUUCUCAUUAAUAGGACAGUCUCUACCGAGUGUGUGUAGUAAUAAAACAAUUACUAACAGCUGCAAACGUGGGCUUAAAACUCAAUUUUCAGAACCCAGCCUGGGACCCAGGGAGUCUUACAGGGGAAUUGAUGAGAGUUCUCAGACGAGCAGGCAAGAAACGUCCUAUCAAAAUGAAGUGAUAUCAUCAACGCCUCUAACUUUGCCUGGCGUCAAUCAUAAACACACAUGUGAGGAUAAGGUGAUUACUCGCACUCUUCCACCGCGCAAUAAAUGUAGUUCGGUGUUGACCAGUGAACGCACGGGACAAGAAGGAGAAAAAAAUAUGAAAUCAGAAACGUACAAUUCAAACAAUAUUAGGAAAAUUAAUUGCAGUCUUGCACACGAUUCAAAUAAAUCAGUUCUGAGAUUCGAAGCUCUUACAAUGCGACCAUUGAUAGGUCAGGCUUUAGAACCAAAUUACUUAGAUUCGAGUUCCUUCUCACCAUGCAAACCUGUAGUCAGUGUAGACAACAUACCGAAAGAACCUUUGUACAUGGGCUGCUCGUCUCAGGUAGCAGAGAGGGAUUCCAGAAGUCAGUAUCAUUAUAUUAAUAACUGCGGAGAUAUGGGUAAUAUAGUGGGCAAUUUGAAAGUAGUCAAAGCUUUAGACCAAGAUGUUUAUUGUGAUUAUCAGCACGAGAAAUAUCGAGAUAGCAAAAUUAUCACAACCCACAACACUGCCACAGAUCAACCAAAAAUGCACUUUCUAAAAAUUAAAGUUAUUGGAGAUGGGAUUUCACUAUAAUAUAUAUAUAUAUAUAUGGGACUGCGUUCAAGCCGCGUGAAGUAAAUAAAUAGUGUAACACGAUAUGUUUAAGCUUGGAAAAAAAAAAAAAAAAAGACCAG